AUGGCGAUUGAGGCGAAUGGUUCAAACUACUCUUCUCAAAUUGCCGCUCUCACUGAGAAAGUAGCCCAAUUGGAACGCCGGCUGCAAGAACAGGAGGACAUCGAAGCCGUCAGACUCCUGAUCGACCACUACACCGCCCUUCACGACUUGGCUUUCCAAGACCCCAAGGCGCUCCAACAGUGGGAGGACCUGUUCACCGAAGACGCACACGUCAAAUACGCCUUUGGAGAACACUUUGGGCGUAAAGGACUAGGGGCGUGGGCUUGGGGCCCCGAAGUCUCACAGUACGAACAAUGCCACCUGCAGAGCAGCAAUUUCGACAUCAGUUUCAGCAAGGACAGACAGCUUGCGUACGUCAGGUCGAAUGGCAUCACCCACUGGCUCUACAGGCGGGACGAGCUGGACAAGCAUUUCGACGCCGGGGCUGUGUACCGGUGGGCAAUGAGACGCGAACCGGAUGGAAAAUGGGCUAUUUGGAAGAUAGAUCUGUACUGUGCGUGGAUGACUGGUGAAGACCGCAACGGCGUGAGCGGCACGAACAAAUGA